AUGUACACACAGGUCGAGCUACAUGAAGAGGAAAAGAGAAAUCUCAGCCAUGAAGUCAUCACUUUAUGUAAUCAGCUGAUGGAAGCCAAAAUAACUAUCGACAAAUUAAUAGAAAGCAAAUUACCAGCAGAAGUCGAAGAAAGGGUCAGAAUCCAUGCGGAGAAAUGUGGAUGUGUUACUCCUGGGACUGAAUGUCUUUCAUCUUUCUUCGACACUGAAGCUGAGCUUUUACAGCAACUUGAACCAAUUGGUUCAUCAGGGUCUGCAAUUCCUGUGUCACCCUCAAGAAAGGUUACUUAUGAUCAUUUGAACAACACUAAUAAACCUGACCAACGGUCACCUUGCAAGUCUAACUUCUAUCAUAGUGAUACAGCUCUUUACUGCCCUGCAGAACAGAGAGACAGAAGGCAAGUUAGAAAUGCUCAUUUUUUAAAAACACAGAGCUUUACAGAUAGCUGCACAGAAGCCGAGGGCUUUGGUCCAACUCUCACAAGUGAAAUGCUUUUAAAUUGUGAUGCAUCAACACCAAGUUCUUCCAACUAUCCAAGCAGCACUGUGACAGCUGUGAAGAAAGGAACCUCAGAAGCCAAACCAACCUUGUGUCCAACCCAACAAGUUGGUUUGAGAGAUGAUAUUCAUGAAAGAAAAUACAAUACUUCAGAAAGGCAAGAAAACAGGAAGUGUGAUUUCAUUCAGACAAGGCCACUACAACAAUUCACAGAUGUGGCUCUAGGCUAUAAGGAUGGCAAGCAACAAUGCUCUGUCACUCUUCCAAUAGAAUUUAGUGAGUCACCACACUUGUCCUGGUUCAGUACUAAGCAUGUAACAGCCCCAAAACUAUACAAUGAUCAAGGGAAUGGGAAUGACCUAGAAAAAAACAGGAUGGGUCAACUUAAGAAAGUAAACAUGCAUUUUACAAAUACUUCUUCACACAGGAUUUCUGGAAGCAUUUUAAGUAAUGAUACUGAGCAGCAAUGGGGUAGUCGUCUGGUGAAGGAAACAACCAACAACAUGAACCAGCUUUUCAUCAGAGAAGAUUAUUUCCCUGAUGGAAAGGAUAUCAACAAAAAUACCUUUACAGAUGCAGGCUUUGGUGCAAUGAACUGUCAACCUUUUUCAGAGAUUGAUCACAAUUAUCAAGAAAGCUCCUCUACGCCAAGCCACAUAGAAACAGAAGAUGGCCCUAAAAAAUUGCCAAGUGAAAAGAAUAAAAACAAAACGUACAUCAAAAAUACAAAUACUGUUUCUAACAUUAAAAGAAUUGUUGAUGUUGCCUCAAACACUUCGGCAAAAUCCUCAUGUCGACGUCCCAUUAAAUUUUUAAUGGUUCAUGAUUUUCCUUUGGAUGAUGUUGUUUCAAGCAGCAAACAAGAAAAACCCUUAAAGAUAAGUGGCCUUUACAGGAAGGAUAGCCUCAUAAAGGCUCAACUUUACGGAAAUCUACUGAAGUAA